CAUGUAUCCACGUCAACGUGGGUAACUAGCACCAAGCCUAUCCAGGGAAACCAUGUACAGCAUUCGAUACUCUUUGCAACGAAUGCCUGUACCCAUAAACGAGAUCAAUUAAUUCUUCAACCUUCUAGAAGAGAUUUCCAAUGGCGUCGUCGACCUCGGAGUACGCCUCCGAAUACCCCGCCAAUGUAUCGUUUGACCCAGCGUUCAAGAAGUUCUUUGAAGACUUUUAUGCCGUUUCUGAUACUCCGGAUGCGCAUGAGCGGUAUGUGACGUUCUUCAUGCCCGACGCAACGUUGGUUAUGGCAUCGAAGAAGGCGGUGGGGUCGGAUGAAAUCCUCGCUCUCCGCAAAGGUCUCUGGGAAAAAGUAAGCAGCAGAGUCCAUAGACCGCUCAAAAUAUUUCCUUACGGCCCAAAUUCCGACCAAGUAAUGCUGCACGGCACGGUCCGGUAUGGGCUGAAAGCAGGCGGUGACGCCAGCGUUGACUGGGCGGCGUAUGCGAGGUUGGCUAAGACUGGAGAUGGGAAGGUCAAGAUGGGGUUUUAUCAAGUUUACCUGGUGAGGUUUUUUUCAUUGUUGCUUUCCCUGAUUUUUACUUUAAGCUUUCUCUGGCUAUAGAGUGUCUAGUGGUUGGGGGUAGAACAUUCGGAGAAGGAUUGACUUUGGAUGGUUUGCUUCAGCUAAUGGAAUUCGCAUUUGCUAAUCUUUCACGCGUAGGAUACCGGUGCGCAGAGUAAAUAGUCGGGAAAAUGACGAAAAUGUUAUCUUAUCUUUAGAAGAAGCAGGAUGUCUUCCGAAUGCUUAUGGAAGCGGGCAGCUCGUGCAGUGGUGACAUCUGGAAAGAAUAUGCUAGCCCUUCCAUAGAUCAAAUCAAAAUUUCCAGAGAACUACGCUGGAAUGGCAUGGCUGUCUUUGCGUUAACUCAGUGUUUUUGCACCAAGCUCAUCAGCAUCUAUUAUUUCAAUAGUGACCAAUAAUAAUGUGAAAAAAAUUGAUGAGAUACAGAAGAAGAAAAAGGGAAGGGUCAUCCCGUACCGCAUAUCCCCACAAUAGCCCCCCAGCCAAUGCUGGUACCCAAUCACCACUAGCCGAUAUUGAGGUCUGGAUUCGUUUGCCGGAUUCUCUUACUUAGCCGCCCCCAGCUAAGCGGUGUCCCACAAUAAGUGAAUCAUCCCUCAACGCCGUUCACACGUCAAACAGAAUGCUCAAGGUAUAUAUACCAUAUUACUUUGCUUUCAUCCCAUCAAACAAC